AUGGCACGCACCCUGAAGGAACAACUCCCAUGGACCCUGGCCCCUUUAGUGGUGAACGCGCCCAUGGGCGGGUUCGCAGGCGGCGCGCUGGCUGCAGCGGUCACACAGGCCGGCGGACUGGGCCAGAUCGGCGCGGUGAUGGACAUGGGCGAGCUGGAGCGCGAACUGAAACUCGCCAAAGAGAUUCUCAGCAAGAGCAAUGAUGACAGCGCCCGGCCUUCCACGCUCCCCAUCGGCGUCGGCCUCCUGCCGUUCAUCCUCCAGCUCGAGCAUGCCCUCCCCGUGCUGGCGAAAUACCAGCCCGCGGUGGUCUGGCUGUUCGCGGCCAAGGAGCUCGACGACUACGCCGUCUGGACGAGGCAGCUGCGCGCCGCGCUGCCAGAUACCAGCGUGUGGAUCCAGGUGGGCAGCGCGAGCGCGGCGCUGCGCGUGGCACAGGCGGGGACGCAAGGCGCCGACCCCUCGACAUCCGACCCAAAGGCGCAGCCCGACGCACUCGUCCUCCAAGGCUCUGACGCCGGGGGCCACGGCUUCGAGCGCGGCGCGAGCAUCGUGGCCCUCGUCCCAGAAACGCUCGACCUGCUCCGUUCCCACAGCCUGGGGAGCAUGCCCAUCCUCGCCGCCGGCGGGAUCGCGGACGCGCGGGGCGCGGCUGCGGCAUUCGCACUCGGCGCAUCUGGGGUGGUGCUGGGGACACGGUUCCUCGCUGCGCACGAGACGAUGGUCCCGCACCCGGCGUAUCGGGAGAGCGUGCUCGCGGCGCGCGACGGCGCAAACAACACGGUGCGCAGCAAGCUGUUCGACAACGUGCGCGGCCCGAAUAUCUGGCCCGAGGCCUAUGACGGGCGGAGUCUGGUGACACAGAGCUAUACGGAUUUCGUAGGUGGCACGGGUGUUGACGAGGUCCGGAGACGGCACGAUGAGGCGGCGAAGGCAAGAGACAAGGGGUUCGGUGGAGAUGGUGAGAACGGCCGCGCAAACGUUUGGGCUGGUGCUAGUGUCGGGCUGGUGAAUAGGACGGACGAUGCAAGGGAUAUUGUGAGGGAGGUGAGGGAUGGGGUUGAUGAGGUGUUGGCUGAGACGAGGGCGAGGCUGUGA